CUACGCACACGGAAAACAAUCCAUUUUUCUGCAGCAUUGUGCUCAUUCAGUGGCAUGAUUGUUGGCAUGCCAGCGUCCGUUCGGCAUUUCGUUGCGUGCUUAUAGAUCAGCUUCACCAGAACUUGGGUUCGGUAUCUAUUUCCAGAACAAUACAAGAUACAGCGGUUGUUUUUUUUUGUAGGCUUGGACAAGCAUUUAUCCGACCGAAAUUGGCUUCUUGAGCCCAUUUCGGUCUGGCUUGUGAAUCGAUCUCCAUUGCGAGAAAUGUGGCAACUUGGAAACCAGAGGUGUGGCCCCUGCACUCGUGGCAACUAGGGACGUCGAGGUGCUUUCGUUUUCCAUGCCGCGAGUCAUGCUGCGGCGUUUUUCCUUGCGGAUCGAUAGGAAAGCCUGAAGAUGGACAUUCGAUGCUGUAAAGUCGGUGAGUCACAUGAAUUGGCGAGUGCUGACUACAGGUUCGGUUGGGUUUUCCGAAUUCCUCUUGCGUGGAGAUAUCUUUGUGCAGCUCAAGUUGGAGGAAUUGGGAGAGCUUGGAGGAUGACGGUGAGGGUUGUGGUUGAGCAAUGAGAGGAUCGUGCGGGUAAUGGUAGGGUUCGUGUCAGGUUUGUGGAUGCAUGUGGAGAAAUACUGAAAUCGAAGAAGCGGAGUGAUGUUGGAGGAUUAGCUCUAAAUCCAUUCUUAGCCGAAAUGUAUCCCAAUUGUGUGGUCAUGAGGGAGAAAAGAAACAAAACAAAAAGCGAAAAGUAGUGAGGUUUGUGGAGGCGAAGUAAAGAGAUACUUAGCGUUUCUAGUUAGUGGAGCCUCUCUCCAAGUGCACGAGGUUGUUAGCUGAGCUGCAGAGAUAUCCAACACGUGGGAGGUGAAGAGCGAGCUCGUAGAGACUUGCUCAGGAGAAAACAUUGGGAUGAAGACCGGGGCCACGCGGUGGGCUCACCCACACGCAAAGAUCAUUGAAUUCUUGGAGACCAAUUUGAUAGUCUGUCGUACCACAGCACGGCCAUUCGGAGACCCCGUUUUCUCUCUUGUGGAUCUAUUCGAAAUAAUGUGGAGAUUGUCACAUAUCGUGCAGAGCUGCUUAAUUCUGAGAAUGAGGGACAGAGGAAGGUCCAGGUAACCAGCUUCUGGCGCAGGUAGGGGAUCCAGAAGCCCGUGCAGUGGAUACAAAGAAAACCUCACAACAAAAGCGAGCGCAGAAGAUGAAGCUCGGGAAGUCUUUGAGACAAUACUUUAGUACGAAAGCAGAAAGCAGGCGACAAGAGGAAGCAAGUUGGGAUGAGGAUCUCAUCGGAGACAGAAAUGGCAAAUUCGGGAAAAAUCGAGUAUUCUGGCAAGGUUCUCUAGAUUCUCGAGGAUUUCCGAGAGCACCAGCGGUUGAAGUCAGGGACAUAUUUCGUCAUUGUGUGCGGAUACUGGGUGCAUAUGGUAAUGAUAUUGAUGGUUUGAUAAAACCCAUACGUGAGCAUGAACCUCAGUUUGAUAGUAGAUUUGUCGUUGACUUGCAAAGUCCCAAGGCCCCCCGGGCGUGUCCGCCCUACUUCAUAUACGUAGAUCACCGAUAUAAGGAAGUGAGCAUGUACAUCCGAGGCCUCAACCUCCUGCACCGCCGUGACUACGUUGUGCUACUGAAGAACAGGAAGGGAGAGAAGCCAUAUGAGGAGGGCUUUGUGCAUCAUGGUAUGACCGAAGCUGCCGAGUGGGCGACGGAACAUGUGGCUCCCGUUCUGAAGGAGCAACUCCGAUCCAACAAAGGGUACCGGCUAACAAUCGUAGGGCACUCACUUGGAGCUGGAGUGGCUGCUCUAUUCACCAUGAUGUUGGUGAAGAGUCCAGAGCUGGUAGGAUUGGCUGACCCACGCGAGAUUCGAGCGAUUCUGUUCGCUCCGCCGCGGGUAAUGUCAGUCGAUCUGGCCUUGAAGUACGCUCCAUACGUUAACAGCGUGAUAUACCAGGACGAUUUCUUGCCCAGAGUAUCAACCAAGUCUGUGAAGCGAGUUUUUCUUGUGACAUUUCCAUUGACUGUUGUCGUGGUCUUCACGUACUGGUUGAAGCAAACGCUUCAAUCCAAGGAGGAUAAGGAGACACAAAGGCUGUACCCACCAGGAAAAGUAUACCAUUUUAUAUACAAGCAGCCAGGUCGACGAGGUGAUCGACCUAUUCGAGCUCGGGUGGUACCUUCGGCUGAAGGGAGAUUCGAGCGCAUUGUUUUACCUUCACUAGGAACAGUCUCGAAUCAUUCUGUGCUGCUAUUGGCAAAGCAUCUGAAGAAAUUCGAUUGGCCUGAGGAGUUGAAGGAUUCCUGGCUUAUAUCAGUGUUGCAGACAAGAAAGAAAUAGGCUGAUGUUUCUGGGCCUGGUUAUUGAGUUUUACUUGAUAAUCGUGCCAUGUGAAGAAUUUAAGCCUUUUAGUAAUGUGAAGAUAGAACGAUUUGUAAGAUUUGAGUAGAACAAGUGUUCUUAAGCGGCUGCAACAACAGCAGUUGUGCGGAGUUAGUCUCAAUGGAGUAGCAGAUAUUGUCUGCAGUAGAAUUUUGGUCUAAAGAAACAGCACAUUUGAAUUGAAGGUGAAUGUAGCAUUCAGGGAUCAAAAUCUAUAUUGAUUCUGGUGCUCUGUUGUCAUUGGUGACGCUGCGAGCACUGUUCAGCAUAUCUUCUGAAUGUGGUUUUCAGAAUGUUAAUAUCAUUGAAGUGGUUCAGAUUCAUUGUUCA